ACCUGCUCAACGCAUUCUCUUACAAUCCGUAAGUCGGUUCAAGUGCAGGUCAUCUCCGUUCUGUAUAUACGUGCAAUUCUCACAUACAGCCUGUUUUUAUCAAGGCUAUAGGCAUAAAAGAAGAGAGAGCAGGGUUUCUAGUUUUUUUCAGGAGCAAAUUGGCUGGAUAAGGAGAUAGGUCGAAGUUUUUGGGAAGAUCCGGUCGCGAUUUGGCCAGAUUAGCUCCAUAAUUUAGAAGUUGUGUGGUUUAUCUUUUUUGUGUUGUUAGGGUAAGAACAUAGUUUUUUUGUUAGCUCCAUGGCGCCGACAACAUUGCCUCCAGGCUUCAGGUUUCAUCCCACUGAUGAUGAAUUGGUUGCUUAUUAUUUGAAAAGAAAAAUUCAUGGCGAGAAAAUCGAACUUGAGGUUAUUCCUGAGGUUGAUCUUUACAAAUGCGAGCCCUGGGACUUACCUGAGAAAUCUUUCCUUCCAGGGAGAGAUCUGGAAUGGUACUUUUUCAGUCCAAGGGACAGGAAGUAUCCAAAUGGCUCAAGAACUAACCGAGCUACAGAAGCAGGCUAUUGGAAGGCUACGGGAAAGGACCGCAAGGUUAGCUCUCAUAUGCGCUCCAUUGGAAUGAAGAAGACUCUGGUGUUUUACAGAGGACGUGCUCCUCGUGGGUCUCGAACCAAUUGGGUUAUGCAUGAAUAUCGUCUUGAAGAGAAGGAAUGCCUGGGCUCAGCUUGUUUGCAGGAUGCUUAUUCUCUCUGUCGAGUCUUCAAGAAAAGCGGACCACGACCCAAAUAUGGAGAGCCGUAUGAAGAUACUGACAAUUUGUUUCAUGACAAGAUGCCUGCAUUGACUGAAGGUUUAUCACCAGUAAAAAUGGAAGAUAACGGCCAAGCAAAUUCAAUAAUGUCAUCGGAAGCGUCUGGAGUGAUGAGUGUCAAUACAGCUACAAACAGAUGGUCAAACUUCGUGCCUGAUGAAGCUCAUAGCUGCAACGUUUACCACUCAUCUAAUGAGUCUACUAGCUGCCAUGCCAAGGUUGAGGGGAAUCGUGAAUUCGAGGGUCUAACUCCUUCCGAGUCGAGAAUGCUUGCUAGAUAUUUCGAGCAAAUCAAUUCAUCACCUGUCGAAGACUCGGACAUUGUAGAACAAAUUUACCAAGAAGCAAAGGCUUCUCAGCGAAAUAACUAUUCAAACCAACUUGAUAAUUUCCACUCUGGAAGAGGCUUCGAUAGUCAGCAAGAGAAACCAAAUGCUGAAGGACAAGAAGAAGAAGACAGUUCCUUUGCAAUGCAUAACCAAGGUUUCCAAGACUAUAAUCUGGGAGGUCUGUUAGACAUGCAAGAACAGCCUCUCUUCUUUAAUAGUUAUAUGAUGCGGCAGAAUUCAGACACAGAGGUGAGGUUUUCAAGUGCAUGAAUGAAUCAGACCCAGUGGUUAAAUAAGUCUUAAGGGCUAUAAACUUUGUGCCAAGCUCAGAAUUCAAUGUUUGUUUAGAUGGGAAUUCAAACUUUUCGAAUGUGUACAAUCUGUUCAUCCAACAUGCUUUGUUGCAUCAGCAAAAGUUAUAUGGAAUAAUUCCUUCUUCUUCUUUA